AAGACAUACAGGUGCAACCAUCAUGGUCUGUUUGAAACCAUCGCUUCGAAGGCAAGAAGCACGUAUCAUGUGUUUUCUGUUUUCCUUUCGCUUUCCCCAUCCCUCGACCCCACGAAUUGUCACACGAAACAUAUAUCAGUCGGCCUUGCCUAGAAUCUUAUACUGAGGCACCCGUAACGGUAACUCUAGUCCUCGUAGAUUUGCUUACGUUUUUCGAUCUUGCUGAGUGAUAGAUAGUCGUGUAAUUUUGGCUCGUAACUUUCCGCCUAUGAACUUCUUUUUCAUAGAUUUAGAUGGUUACUAGCAAUUAUAUUUGAGUGAGCAUCGAGAUCGAUCGGAACAGAAUUGAUUCGACUAGCUUUUGCAACGUAGAUCUGCCGUCGUGAAUGAACGCCUCAAUAAAGCCUUUCUUUGGUAUUGAUGUACAAAGAGGCAGUUUUUUGCAGUCUUUUUCAAGUCAUAACUAUCAAUCUUGCUUGCAUAUGCAUUAUUUUCAAUUGCUGAUGCUAUUGCCCGUUGUCGUCGGGACGCGGUGAAUGAAAUAAAUGGUCAACAUUAUUCUCCUUUGACAUUUUGUGCACCAUGAAUUCAUAAAACGAUACGACGGCUGUUUCCUUCUUAAUGAUUCCUAUUUGAAAUAAUGAGGGGUUUUCGUCAGCUACAUAUUCUGUCGUCUUGGCGGUCACGAGAAAAAAUAUGCGUACAGCUCUGCUCGAGAUGCUACAGCAACUAGAAGAAGAGGUAAGUGAAGCGAGCUGUGCCGUAUUAACAGAUGAAGCAGCUUUAGCGUUUGACGACGACUACGUUGACAUUCGUCGGAUGCAAGUUGGUCAGCUGACUAGCCGCCGUCAGGAAGAGCACGUUUGGAUUGCAAAGAGGCUGUGUGUAAUCGACAAGAAGGCAGACUGGGUGGACAUUUGGCUACCAACAUGAUAACUCUUGGGGUCAUGUGCGAAGAAUGGAAACACGCAGAUGCUGCAGAGGCACGCUCACAGGCAGCAACCGAAUAGAUAUAGAGUAAGUCUACUGGACUGAGCAGUAACCCACAGAACCGCUCCGAGAGAGGAUUUGUUCGAAUUGAAUUAGGUGAGCCUGCUACGGUCUUCUUGGCAGCUUGCUGAAAAAAUCGUAGUGCGUGGGAAGGGGGUGGUUCUUCGUGCGUUUUCGAGCUCGUUGCAUCUGCUUUAGCGAGGCGCAAUUCAAAGUUGGAAAUUUGGAAAAGCCGGCCACAAAAAUGAAAUACGCGAUCGAAGAUGCGCCAGGAGGAUCCGCGGGGGCAGAGAAUAGCCGCGAGCUUCAAGGGUCGAGCACUGCCAUUGCGUCGGGUCCAGGCGCAGCGAGGAAACAAGAUGACGUAUGGCGACAGACUAUUGGCGAUAUUCUCACAGCUGUUGGUCUGAACAAGGAGAAAUUUAUGUUCGAGGUUGGGGCGUCCGAGAUAGCAGCAUGCAAAAUCGCGCUGGGGACCUUCAUCCUCUAUCUGGCCUGCUUGAUACCCAUUAUCGUAAUGUCGUGCAUCACUACGGCCACAUGCGACGUCGGCGAUAUUUUGGGGCCUACCGAUUACUGCGCCGAACAUGGUCCAGGGGAAAAACCAGUUCUCACGAGCGGAAGCGAGUGCAUGAUCAAAUGCGGUAUUUUUUCGUGUUUCUACAAUGACUACAUCAAAAUUGACCACUUAGACACAUUAUAAAUAUAUAAUCUGGUGCUUUUAUAAUAAGGCAAGAAAAUCCAAAAGUAAUUUCGAAGUGUAUCUUCAUGUUGUACCUUCAUCUUCAUCACGUUGAUGUUAACAAGAAUUUGUUGAGGACGAGUAUUGAGAAAAUUCUUGGAUAAUGAGUAUGCGACUGGAGCCUCAGACCACCACCAACACCACCACCUAGUUUGAUCUUCCCUGUUCUUGAGAGAGCUUGCUUGAUGUGUUCCUCAACAUGAUGAAUAGUUAUGAUUUCGUAAUGAUGUUGAUCACCAUCAUCACUAGUAGUAGUACAUAUCGAUAACAAUAACACCAGGUGGAAAGAUUCCGGGAAAACAGUACUACGAGCCGGUAUUGGAGUGCGAUGACGGCAACCUCGUGGACGCAUCCAGCGGAAGCGUUGUUGGUGCAAUCUGCUACGAGUUGCAGACGAGCAUAUGGCAGGGUCUCACUGAGGCGCAAGCAAUUGCGCAGUUCGCCGACGCAAACUCGCCACAGAACGUACUUCUUACCGGGCAGUGCGUAGGCGCGACUGAGCGGGAGGUCCCGAACAUCAACGCCGCGGUCCCGUGCGUGGAAGGCAAGUUCAUCAAGCCAGGAAAAAGUUGCACCGUCAACUGUGCAAGUGGGUAUUUUCCAACGGUAACGACGCAGGAGUGUCGUCGACCCGAAAUGCUGCUAUUCCCGGUCCACUCGACCAUACAGUGCCUCCUCGGGUCACAAAUUACUGCCUGGAGAGCCGAAAUGCGAGCCAAGCCAUGCUUUCGUGACACGCACUGCAAUGGCCACGGAAUAGCCACACGGUAUUCCUCUCUUCUUGAGGUCUUGAAGUUUUUCACAUCCUUUCCUUCGAUCACCAAUAAGGCGAAGACGCGAGAUGUCCGUGCUACUAACUUGUAUACUCUCUCUCGCAUCUCGGUCAACAGCACAUGAUCAAAGUCAAUGUGCCGCUCCUUGUUGACGUGGCUUUUACUAUACAUCAGGAAGAUGUAUGUUCAUCUGGAAACAACAAUAAAAACGAACACGAUCUUGGUCAUAAUGAAUCAUUUACAACAGGAAUCAGACAACGUUGGCGUGCGAUUGUGCGUGUGACCUCUCGUUUGCGGGUAAGAGUUGCGAGCUCGAGGUUCGAGAGUGCCUUCUUCCCGAGAUCGAGAACGCAGGGAAGCCGCCGUGUACGGAGGGUUAUACCACCUAUGUUCGUGGUCCGACAUGUACAAUAAAUUGCGAUACGGACUAUUUUCCAUCGUUUCCGGUAAUGCGGUGUACUGGCACAACGUUGAGUCCGCCAAAAGUUGAGUGUCGCGGAGGACCGAUGCCUCCGACUGUCUGUCUGGUCGGCUCAGUCGCAGUUUCCGGCUCGUAUGUUCUCUUCCUCAUAGUCCUUUUCUGCCUCUACAAAUGGAGAAACUGGCAGGUCAAGAAAAACAUGACGAAGAUAUACGCUGGAGACAUUAAAUGUACUUACAAAAACAACUUCUUUUUGGUACUUGUUCCACUGAAUGACACUGAAUUUCGAGUUCAACUUUUUUGUAGCAAUUUUUACUUACAACUACAAGUGAGGAAUUUUCACUUACAAGAUGAACGGAGAGUAGUGUCUCUAGUUCUAAUCCUCGAGACCAAGUUUCCCUUCAAGAAGCUCGAAUAUCAAUAUUAUGAUCAGGGACCACCUUGGAGCACUUUUGCUUACUUUCGCUUCUUGUUUUUGAUAAUUAGGUUGCAUAGAAGUCUUCAGCUGUGACCUCCUAUGCAUGAUUUUGGACAUUAGGACUUUUGGCUUAUCCUCCUGGCUCUGCAGUCUAAUUUUUACCUUCGGCAUCCAUCAGGAAACUAGCACGGUGUUAUCACAACUUAUUUCGUCCAGGUACAAUGACGGCCAUAGAAAAUCAUGCGAGCGGCGGGCAGACAAACGUGCUAGUACCUUCACAAAGCGCACGGGAGUUCGACCGAAAGCGACGAGAAAAGUACCCGAUUUUCCGGACAAAUCCAGAAACCGGUGAAAUUCAAUUUGAUAUGGCAAGGCUGCUGUUGAUUCAAGUUAGUUUGAUGUGAUGUUGUAGUUUGUACUUGUUCUAAAGAUGAAGAACCAAUCAUUGCAUGUCAUCUUCAAUCAUCAGCAGUUUUUGCUUGCACCAGAAGAGGAAUCUUUAUCUUGAGAUGGAGUAUUCCGUUUGUUUCAGUUGUAUUAGAAUAUGACUCUGUCGCAGUCGCGUCUGUACUAUCUGAAGUACUUGAAAGACGCAGUCGUAUUGAUAUGAUGAGGAAGAUGUAUGAUGAUGAUGUGAUGGUGAUUAUCUAUGAUUCUAGCUCUAAUUACUGCAGCGAGCUUCACAAAUCGGAGAAUUGGAAGAGCGACGAGUUUGCGCGGGCUGAGGUGGAGAGAUUGAGCCGGCUGACGGACCUGCAACGCACGCAGAUUAAAGAGGUGCCGCUGAUCGAGUCCGCGUACAUGUCCGCCUACGAGGGAUUUCUAGUCGAGGAAAACUACGACAGAGCAUCCAAAUUGAUAAACGAGGGCUACUUGUUGGACGCAGAAGUCGACGCACUCGCUGAGGAUGAGGUCAUGGAUGACGUCAGGCGGAAAGCCGCAAUCGAGCAGGAGGAAGAGUUUGCGAAACGGAACCCCGUUUUUCAAACUCACGACGGUACUCCAGACACGCUGCUGCUCAUGGCACCGACGGAUCAAAGGUACAUCUACUUCAGUAAAAUAUGGAAAUUAAUAUAGCAAAAGACUUCUGCAUGGGAUAACUCCUUUAAAAUCAGACUACUUGCCUUCUUGCGCAACUUCUGCUUCUCUUCCUGAAGAUUGAUGAUCUAGUUGUAGUUGUAUCAUGACAACUUUAAUUUGCGCUGCAUGUACUGUUACCAGUAUGUCGCUGCGACGUAUAUUUUUAUAAUAUAAUUAUUUUUGUUUAUUUUCACGAUCUCGAUCUCUACAUACUUAAACGUCAACGAUAUACAGAUAUGCUGUGGAUCACGCGGGCCAGCCGAUCCGGGAUCCGAUGCACGGAGGCACUGAUUUGAACUACGAGGGUCCGGUGGUUGAGCAGAGUGUGGUGCCAAGCCUCGUGGAGCAGGCCGCUUGGUUGAAUGACUUCAACAAGACGGACAACGAGAAGCGCAGCGAGCAGUUGCAGAAAGAGUCUGUGCUCGAAAUUCUGGCAAGGUACGAAGGCAGUACGAAGCUGGAAAAGAUGGCCGUUUACGAGCUGGAAGCGGCUCAGGACGUCCUCGUCCGCGCCAAGGCCAUCGCCGACGACAUCGACUGCUGGCCGCUCAACAAGCGAUGCAGGAUUGCGAUGAAAAAAGUCGCGGAAGCUCAGGAAGUAGCACAGCAGGACUUGGAUGACGCAAUCACCAUGCUCACCGUCGCGGUGGCUUCCAAGGAAGGCGCAAAAAUUGAAGAAGCCAUUGCCGGAACGAUGCAAAUACACGGCAAAUACCCGGCAAUCAUCGGCAGGUGGCACAUGGUGGGCCGCGAAGUCAUCACCACGCAAACUAGGGUAUUACAUUUUAUUGAACUUACUUUUCAAUAUCAAUUCUAAUUCGAAGUCUUAUUUUUUUUAGGCGAUUUGCCAUUGCUUUUGCGAUCUUCUAGUACGCAUCCUCCCUGGCUGAAAAUUAUGCUUUUGAUUUUUUUAUAAAAUAUUAAAAACAACUACAGUUUUCCCCUCUAUCCUUAGGCUUAUCUUCCCUUCAAACAACAUAUUCAAAAUAACGACCACAGCGAGCUGCACGCAACAAGGCUGACAUGGAGAAGUUGCAAAAGCGUAGAAUGGGUCUAACAGCAGACUUCGACCUCGGGCCGAAGGAUAUCAUUCAGGCGGUGCUGGACAAGGACGUGGCGAAAGUCCGAGCAGCACUCAAUGCUUUCGUCUCACCGAACACUCGCUGUCCGGACAGCGGUCUGUGCUUGAUACAUUUGUGCAUGUUAAGGCUCGUUGUAGUACGUGGUACUACUUGGUCUUAUUUUGUAGCAACAUCAAGUGAUUGAAGAAUUGGAAUUCGGAGAUUCUACUCGAGCCCAAGGGGCGGUGGGUAUGGGGCAAUAUAUGUCUAUGAAUACUAGUCUCCUGUCAUUGAUUUUUCUGCUACUAUAAAAUAUUUUCGUCUAAGCCUGAACAGCUACAGUUUCCAUCCGGAAGUGACGUUUCUCCUGGUACAGAGAAAGGCUGAUCCGAAAAUGCUUACGAAUGAUCAAAAAGACAUUUGGGAUCUCGCGCCCGCCCAAGUGAGGCAGUGGCUUUGCAAGAAGCUGCGACUCAAAAUACCACCAGGGAGAACCUUUGAAGACGAGGAGGAAGUAGCACCACUUCCGGCCAGGCGAACUUCAGGAACCUCGGCAACAGGAGUACCUCUGUCCGUCUAACUUUGGAGCUACGAUGAAUCGAUUCAUUAGGAACAGCGUCUCUCUUUUAGCAUGAAAAUUGUCUUCGAAUUGUAAAAUAAAGCCUUCGAUUUUCAAAAUAUUUGUCCAUCUGGUAGUACAUUAACUGAGUACAGUAAAUAGCAUCAACAUUCAAGCACAAAGACACCGCCAUUAUAUGCCUUUGAAAAAUAUUUCUUAGGGAGCCAGUAGCCGAGGAGGAGGCUCGCCAAAAGGAAAAACGUCACGAGGGUCAAGUCCAGACGACAAAAGCCCUACAGAUGCAAAAAGUUCACCGAAGAAUAGGUGAGGAGGCGACGCCGAAAUUCACUCGCGACAUCGGGUGCUUGCGUCCUGCUUCAAUUCCUGCUGAAGCGCGUCUGCUGUCCCUCUUUUCUGCUACUCUUCCAUUGAAUAUCCUUUCCCCAUUGGUCCCCAUUCCUACCCAACUACAAGCAUGAAAUGUACUAACGCUAAUCUUUCUCUGUGUUGAUUUUUCGACGCAUCACGACACAAAGCCUCUACAAUACAUGCACUAGUGGAAAAGUUAUUUAUUGUGUCAACCGCAGUUCAGAGGAGUA